AUGGCGUCCUCCGCGCCGGCUCUCGGCGACCACAACACAAACCCUCGGGAUAUGAGCAAGUUGACGCGCUCACCACCACGCCUCCUGAGAGAUUACGAUAAUUGGAAUGAAUGGAAGGCCCUCGCGAUCGACUACUUGGCGUUUCUCAGUCUAGAAAUGACCAUUUACGGGCGCGGCACUGUCAACGAGCAAUCCAUUGCGUGCAAGUUGAUCAAGUCAAGGCUCAGUGACAAGAUAUUAAAAUACACUACUCAUUGCGAAAGCGCCCAGUCUUUAUGGGGCGCUCUCCAUAAGUUAUUCCAUCAUGGUGCUCGUGAGCUUGACGCCCAGAUGCGAUUACGAUCUAUCAACAGAGCCAACUACAAGAACGUUGACCAUUUCCUCCUGGACUUCAAGGCUAUCCUCACAGACUUUUGGAAGGAUGGUAUCAGCGUUAACUCCAACGGUAUCUGCUUGGAUAUCGUGCUCAGCAUCAAGAACGACUUCCCUGAGUGGGCUACGACACAGUUGAAAAAUUGGGAGAUCCAUGGUUUUGAGCAGGAGCUCAGCUACUGUGAUUUCAUCAAGGAAGUUCUUGUCAUGCUCCACCGGGAGCGCGAAGCCAUCACUGAUAUUCCAUCUGCUUGA